AUGGCAUCUAAAAAUCAACUGGAUGAAAGAGCUGCUCACUGCACUGUAUCAGUAGAUGAUUCACUGUAUGUGUGGGCUGGUUAUCAGGAUGGUUUACCUGGAUUCUGGCAGUGUAUAAAGAAACCUGAAGCAAUAGACCAAUGGCCUGUGGGCAGAAACCGUCAUGCAGGUGCUAUUAUUAUAACUGGAUCAGACUGUCCUAUGCUAGUGAUAAGUGGUGGGUUUGAUAAGAAUAUUGAUACAUUAGAUGAUUGUUGGAUCUUUAACAUCACUCAACAUUCCUGGAUAAAGUUAGAUGUACCUCACUCUGUUAGUAAGAGAAGGUCUCAUUCUCUCUCAGUGUUCAUUAUGAGUCCUCAUUGUGUCUGGAUAAUAACUGCUGGAGGAGCUGUUAUGACAGAGACAUUAGUCACUAAUCCUAACAUUGUUAUGUUAACUGAACUAGUUUUAUAUGACUCCAACACUUUUGUAGGUAGUGAUUUUCUUAAAUGCAAGGAAUACUAUUUGUAA